AUGAUAUCGACCCUGAUAUCCUUAGCUACUACUGUAUCCUUCCUUUUCGUCUCACCCCCAUCCAAGUCCUUUUAUCACUCCUUGUUCCUAUCAGACACCUUAGGCUCCAAUGAUUCUGCAGCAAACCACCUCUACAUCCUCACAAGACGCCCUCAUAUUGCCGGCACCGAAGCUAAUGCCGAAACGGCGGCUUAUGUGCUAUCCACUCUGUCUUCCUACAACAUCAAGUCGCGCAUGGUAGACUACAAAGUUUCCCUGACUUAUCCUGUCUCCCGCUCCUUGACACUAGCGCCAACUCCUAAAGACACCCCUAUCAAGUUCAGUCUCCAGCAAGAGACUUACAAGGGUGAUCCGUACGCGGAUGAAGCGAAGGAAGUGGUGACUUUCCAUGGAUAUGGCAAGUCAGGAACUGCGGUGGGACCUGUGGUUUAUGUGAAUUACGGGCGUGUGGAGGACUUUGCAGUGUUGAAAGAAAUGAAAGUGAAUGUUACGGGAAAGGUUGUGUUAGCAAGGUAUGGCCAGAUUUUCAGAGGGGAUAUCGUGGGAAACGCUUACGCAGAAGGUGCUACAGGUGUGCUGAUUUUCACAGACAGGAAGGAUUACGGUGGUGGAGGUGGUGAUGCCAAAUGGUUUCCUGAUGACAAGUGGAUGCCUCCAAGUGGAGUCCAGAUGGGAUCCGUGUUCAAAGGUGUAGGUGAUCCCACCACACCUGGAUGGCCUAGUUCAGGGGAAUGUGAGAGGCUAUCAGAAGAUGAAGUGGAGAAGGGAGGAGAUGUUCCUUUGAUACCUUCAUUGCCGAUAUCAUGGUUUGAUGGUGACAGAAUCCUUAGGUCUCUAGGUGGACAAGUUGCAAAUGCUGAUUGGCAGGGAGGGAAAGAUGCUCCAGUUUACAAGGUUGGACCUGGACCAGGAAUCGUAAAUCUUAGUUAUAUGGGAAAACAAGUUUUGAGCGCGAUCCACAAUGUCAUUGGAAUUAUUGAAGGGGUAGAAGAACCAGAUCGAUUUAUCAUACUUGGUAAUCAUCGGGAUGCAUGGACAUUUGGAGCUGUUGAUCCUAAUAGUGGCACAGCUGCCUUGCUUGAGGUGGCAAACAGGAUGAGGAAGCUGCAAUCAAAAGGGUGGAGACCUCGACGAACAAUAAUAUUUUGUAGCUGGGAUGCUGAGGAGUACGGCCUGACGGGAUCGACAGAGUGGGUUGAAGAAAAUAGAGAAUUGCUAGCAUCACGAGCUGUAGUGUAUAUGAAUGUUGAUAUCGCAGUUCAAGGAGUUGGUUUCUAUGUCUCCGCGACCCCACAGCUUGAUGAACUACUCGUUAAAGCUACUAAGCAGGUCCAAGAUCCAGAUAACAGUUCGCAAUCAAUUUACCAAUCCUGGACUAGCUCCGGAGUAAACCCUGUGAUCGGAAGGUUAGGAGGGGGAGGAUCAGAUUAUUCUGCUUUUGUACAGCAUGUUGGAAUUCCAGCAACCGAUCUGUCUUUUGGAGAAGAUUACCCUGUCUACCACUCGCUUUAUGAUGACUUUACUUGGAUGAAGAAGUUUGGUGACCCAAUGUUUCAGAGGCAUGUAGCAGUGUCAAGCAUUUGGGGUCUAAUUGCCCUCCAGCUUGCUGAUGAAGAGUUCUUGCCUUUUAAUUACCUAUCCUAUGCCGAGGAGUUGCAGAGAAGUUCAAAAGACCUGAAAAAGGAGUUAUUGGACAAAGGUAUAGAUCUGUCUCCCUUAUUUAGCUCUAUCAGAGAACUCAAGAAAGCAGCAACAAAAAUAAAUAACGAGAUAAAGGUGCUGCAAGACAGAAAAAGAGGUUGGACAUCAGCAUGGAAAAAUGAUGACCACAAAGCGAGAGAGUUAAAUGACAGACUAAUGAUGGCAGAACGAGCAUUCACUGAUCGUGAAGGACUUUCUGGAAGGCCAUGGUACAAACAUCUGAUAUAUGCACCAGCAAAGCACGAUGACUACGGUUCUAAGUCCUUUCCUGGAAUAGACGAUGCCAUUCAAACAGCAAAGAGCCUGAACACCAAACAUUCGUGGCAACUUGUACAGCAUGAAGUUUGGAGGGUGUCUAGAGUGAUUAAACACGCAUCUCUAGUUCUAAGGGGCGAACUGACAUGA